AAAUAGUCAGAGUACGUCCUGUUAUUAUCAUAGUGCAAAAUAAUAUCGUCUGCAGCGGUUAUUGUUUUUUCUGUUUGAAACUUACUGUUCACAACCGACGUCCGACUGUGAAUCGCAUGCUUACAUGUAUCUAAGAUAAAUAUAACAAUAUUAUUUCAUCCAUAAAGCCGUGUACCGUUCCAUUAUCUAAAAGACCAGGGUAUCUCCUCAGGUCUCUCCUAUACAACAGUAGUUGUAUUGUAUCAUAAUAUUGCUCACAUACAAUAAUACUAAGUGUAACCACCACCGCGAUGGCCGAAACCCUGUGUUUCUUUGGACUGACGACCGUCCGUAUGGGCACACGCAUUGUGGCUUAUCUACAAUUUUGGUCACAAUUAUUUGUUGCCGUGCUCGUGAUUUCAAAAUAUUUUUAUCAUUGGUCAGACACGGAUGAAAGUACGACCGGUGGUGGCGCAAACAAUAGUUCAUCCGACAAUCAAACAUCAUCGUACACAGGAAUGAAUUAUUAUAGCGAACUGGAUUUCGAUGAUUCGAUAUUUUCAAAGCUGUCGAGCACAGUACUCAUUAUAUACACUAGUUACUAUUUGAAAAUAGCCACGUACACUCACAAUUUAAUGUAUUUGAAUUUUUGGAUGAUAUUAAAUAGCCUUUAUUUCUUCACAUCAAUAGCAUUUAUAAUUUUCGCUUCGUUAAGAAUUGGAAGUUUUUUAAUAUUUACCUCAGGAUUAAUUGUAGUCUUAAUAAAAAGUUAUGAAUUAUACAUCGUCUAUCAAUUUUACACGGAUGAGUUAUUAUCAGGCACAGUCAACAAUAACCAAAACCCACCGAGCAAUGGAGAUCAGUCGUUACCUCAAAAUCAUACAACUGUGGAAAUCGGAACAGAAGUAAACAGUACAAUUAAUGAUCAACGGCCCACUUUGGAAGUAAAAAACAUCACUAAUAACACCAAUUAAAAAUACGAAGAUAAAUCGCUUAAAUGUUUAAACUUUUAGAACUCGUGAUAUAAUAUAUAUUUAAAUAUAUAUGUAAUAUGAUGACCAAAGACAAAGUAAUCAAAAUUAUUAUAUUAUAUUAUAUUUAUUAAUUAUAAUAUUAUAUUUUGUAAA